AUGAACGAGGAAUACUUGCAACAGGCGCAGAGGCUCCAGGAAUUAUGGAAGCAGUCUUCAGCCCAAGGUUUAUGUGCCGUUCCUGGGGCUCCGAAUAAUGCUGUUGAAUCCAAAGCAAGCAGUUCCACCAUCCCGCUUGCUCUUGCACCAGCAAAUGCCGUUAAUCAAAGUGAGGGUCUGGGUGAUCCUCUCAUCUAUCCCGGGGUGUAUGCUCCAAGUGGUUUUGAUAUGAUGGGGAUUUUGAUCCGCGUCCGCCAACGCCCAAACCCCACAAUCGACAUCGGCAGCAUAGACAGCUCCGUCUCCCUCGUUCUCUGCGACCCCGAGAGUCACGACACGCCAAUUGUAUACUGCUCUGAAACCUUCGAGGCCCUGACCGGAUACAACAGCAUCGAUAUCCUCCAACGCAACUGCCGCUUCCUGCAACAGCCUCCACAGGACUGUGCUCUCAAACUAGAGCCAAGGCACCAGCAAGAGAUCCGCAAGACGAAUGACAGCGCGAGGAAGGAACUGAAGGAGAGGUUUGCAAGGAAUGAGGAGGCGCAGGUCAAGCUUGUUAAUUUCACGCGGGAUGGCAGGAUGUUUGUUAAUCUGUUGACGGUUAUACCUAUAUUGUGGGAUGAAGAUGGUGUGGGUGGGAAGAAGAAGAGGUAUUUGGUUGGUUUCAUGGGCGAUACAAAACGUGCUAGUUUUGGAUAG